AUUUUCUACAGUUUACUGCCAAAGCAUAUUUUGCUUUUAAUUCGACAGUCUGAAUAAAGUAUGGCUUCACUUGAUAUGCUGAAAUAAAAAUUCGGUAAAUCACGAAACCGUGCCCGGUCCUGCGUUUUCAGUCGCUAAAACGUUAGGCCUAUUUGUGCGUUUCUGUGUGUGUGUAUGAGUGUUGUGUGAUGACGCGAUGAUCCGCAAACCAUAAGGGGAUCGAUGGAGACUGGUAUAGAUGAAGACAUACCGAUAGAGGGAGGGAAGACAUCGUGGCACUAGAACUGUAGUGCAUGGGAAUAUCAAGUAGAGAAAGCGAUACAUAUAGCUUCAACAACAAGAGAGAUAGAGAGCACGGGCUGUGAAUUCACGGAGUAAUGAGAGCUCAACAUGAAUAGUAUACAAUGCUUUAAAACUCAGCGUUUUACCUUACAAACGUGUUGUCCGAAGACAGCCACUAAAACGGGACUACACAUCAAAUUCAGGCAGUAGGGGGCAGCAUGCCUGAGCAGAGUAAUGACUACAGGGUGGUGGUGUUUGGAGCGGGGGGAGUGGGGAAGAGCUCCCUGGUCCUACGCUUCGUUAAAGGCACCUUCAGGGACACCUAUAUUCCCACUGUGGAGGACACCUAUCGACAGGUGAUCAGCUGUGAUAAGAGUGUGUGUACGCUCCAGAUAACUGAUACAACAGGCAGUCACCAGUUCCCUGCCAUGCAGAGGCUGUCCAUAUCUAAAGGACAUGCCUUCAUACUGGUCUACUCUGUAACCAGCAAACAGUCACUGGAGGAACUCAAGCCUAUCUACCAACAGGUGAUAGCCAUAAAGGGGAACAUAGAGGCCAUCCCCAUCAUGUUGGUGGGCAACAAGAGUGAUGAGACCCAGAGAGAGGUGGAGACUAAAGAUGGAGAGGCACAGGCGACCACGUGGAAGUGUGCGUUCAUGGAGACGUCAGCUAAGACCAACCACAACGUGACCGAGCUGUUCCAGGAGCUGCUCAACCUGGACAAGAAGAGGAACAUGAGUCUCAACAUCGACGGCAAACGGUCCGGGAAACAGUCCAGAGCUGAGAGACUGAAGGGAAAAUGUAGUGUCAUGUAGAGAGAAGGAAGGAGGGAGGGAGGGAAGGAAGGUCACAAUGAAGACAGAAAGUGAGAUGAUAGAAGACGCACAGAAGAGAGGGAGAGGGAGAGGAAGAGAAGAGAAGAGAGAGAGAGAAGAGAGGACCACUGGUGGGUUCUAUACCUCACCCUCUCAGUAUCCUCCUCUCUCGUCUCCUGUCUGCCUGACCAGGGUCCUAAGCCUCCAUACAGUCCCACUGUAGUGAAAAGAUUUGGGGGGUAGUCUGAACACGACUCAAACCCACAGCCCUGCAUCUGUCAGCAUCAGUCCAACACCUCAGCCAUUACGCCGUGAGGUCCCAACCUCUUGUCGAGGUCACUAGAUGUUACACUAGGGACACUCCAACAUAAUGUACAUAUCCUAUGUAUACAUGGCCUCCCUCCCUAGCACCUCUGAAAGAUACAGACAGUAUACCCCCUAACCGUCUCUGUCAUCAUGCAAAAUGGAGAAUCCUCUUAACUCAUCAUUCAAAAUGGAUUGAAAUCAUUAUUUGAACUGGAGAAAUGUUGAACUUGUGACAUCAACAAUCCCUCUAAGACUUUAGCUCAGUGUCAAACAAGGGAAGAACAGUGGUUCACGUCUGACCUGGAAUCCGAGGAAAGGGAACCUGGGAAAAAAAGAUGUGGUAGUUGGACUGAAAUGUUAAGAAGUCUGCCUGGGCCACUUGGUAGUUGGACUGAAAUGUUAAGAAGUCUGCCUGGGUCACUUGGUAGUUGGACUGAAAUGUUAAGAAGUCUGCCUGGGCCACUUGGUAGUUGGACUGAAAUGUUAAGAAGUCUGCCUGGGUCACUUGGUAGUUGGACUGAAAUGUUAAGAAGUCUGCCUGGGUCACUUGGUAGUUGGACUGAAAUGUUAAGAAGUCUGCCUGGGUCACUUGGUAGUUGGACUGAAAUGUUAAGAAGUCUGCCUGGGUCACUUGGUAGUUGGACUGAAAUGUUAAGAAGUCUGCCUGGGCCACUUGGUAGUUGGACUGAAAUGUUAAGAAGUCUGCCUGGGCCACUUGGUAGUUGGACUGAAAUGUUAAGAAGUCUGCCUGGGCCACUUGGUAGUUGGACUGAAAUGUUAAGAAGUCUGCCUGGGUCACUUGGUAGUUGGACUGAAAUGUUAAGAAGUCUGCCUGGGCCACAUGGUAGUUGGACUGAAAUGUUAAGAAGUCUGCCUGGGCCACUUGGUAGUUGGACUGAAAUGUUUAGAAGUAAGAAGUCUGCCUGGGACACUAGGUAGUUGGACUGAAAUGUUAAGAAGUCUGCCUGGGUCACUUGGUAGUUGGACUGAAAUGUUAAGAAGUCUGCCUGGGUCACUUGGUAGUUGGACUGAAAUGUUAAGAAGUCUGCCUGGGUCACUUGGUAGUUGGACUGAAAUGUUAAGAAGUCUGCCUGGGUCACUUGGUAGUUGGACUGAAAUGUUAAGAAGUCUGCGUGGGAUACUUGGUAGUUGGACUUUGGUUGGAUGGACGAUGGACUUGAAAUGUUUGGAGUGGACUUGGAACAUGUGAAGAGGUAUUAGAAAAGUUUGUUGUGGGAUUUGGACUGGGAAUACUGUGGAUGAUGUCGUUGGGAAUGUUUGCGUCGGUUGGCUUUGGCCCUUGUUGUUUCAUGUGAGGAGCCUUUCUGUUGGCCUUGUGUUUCCCAUGCCAAGCAGCCGAAUCCUCUUCAUACACAGAGAAGCACAGAGAGGAUGGAGUGACGACUCUACUCGACGGAGGAAAGACACUCGAUUAGUUUAAUGCCAUGCAAAUACCAUCACAUUGGACUUUGUCACACACACACACACACACAAAUAUAAAUGCACACGCACAUGCUUUUUGGAGACCAUUGGUCAUUCACCAAGUGUAUUCCUACAUAGUAUGUAGAUGAAAAGGGAGUGAUAUUAUUAUGUAAAUGUAAUUAUAUCAUUGUCCCAAACACCUCUAUUGGUUUAUGUAAAGCAAUAAGGUUGUUUGUCAAAGUACAGAAUAUAUACUCCAGAUGGAAGUUGCCCCUAACCGCAGAUCUAGGAUCCGCUUACUCCCCAAAUCAUAACUUUAACCAUUAGGGGGGGAAUACAAAACUGAUCUUAGAUCAGCAUUUAUGGACAAAGUCAUCCUACUUCUUACUAUACAGGAGAGCUAAAAGCACAAUCAUUUGAUUGACGUUGUGUUUUUGUUUUACCAUAUUCCGUUAUCUAUCUUGCCGAAUAAAUAAGGGCCAAUAUAUUUUGAACAGAGGUGGGGGGAGGAGCUAUCCAGUAGUUAUUAUUCCAGGUGACUUGUACAGUGUACGGUGUUUAAACGUGUGUAAAGAGCACCAAAAGGCUGUGGGUUGGUUAUAUAGCACAGUAUUGUAACAAAACAGACAAAAAGGUUAAGCUGCAUUGCAAAUGGCACCCGAUUCCCUAUAUAGUGCACUACUUUUUGACCAGAGCCCAUAUGCUCUGAUCUAAAGUAAUGCACUAUAUAGGGUACCAUUUAGGACACAAACUAUGUGAGGGAACCCGAAUCUAAACUGGACCCAAAUAAGUAGAAAAACACCACUUCAUAUCUCUCUAAUAAAGAAGCACGGAAUUAAUUAGAGUUUCAACCAGGGAUUUAAUUUUCAAUUCAGAAUAUUAAUUGAAAUUCUGUUCAUGAAAGGAAAACUCUGUCAUUGGAAAAACAAUGGGCAAAUUGAAUAGACUGAAUUAGAAAGGGAAUGGUCCCCAUCCCUGGUGGACACAGUGUAUUGGGUAUUGAGAAGGUACGUUGUGUUGCUAUGUGCUGUGUUAUACUUAUGGCUCAAAUGUUUUGCUGACCUCAUGACCUGACCAGGAAAACGCUGAUCCCCAGUCGUAGGCUAUAGCUAAGGCUCAGGGUUGUUCCUGUUCAGAUCACAUGCUCAGGAAAAGGUCCUGGAUCUGAUUAGAAGACAGUGUUAAAGUGCAGUAUUACACUAGAACUAUAAUAUAGUAUACAGUCGUCUAUUAUUCAGAUCAGAUUGACAAAACCCUCAUUUUAGUGAAUUAUGUGAAACAUUCUACAUCAAAUAGUAUCAAACUAGUAUGUCGAGUGUGGUGUGUGUGUGUGCACUCAACAGUGUUAGUUUGAAUCAGCACAGACGCCUCCACCCAAUCCUCCCACAACCUGUCUCAUUGCAUCUGCCAAAGGCCAAUAUUCAGUGUGUGUGUGUGUGUGUGUGUGUGUGUGUGUUAAUGCGGUUUUAUGAAGUGUCGGUCAGAGGUUCCCUGUGGAGAUGACCCACACGUUCUGCAUGAGUCAGACUGCUCAGCCUCAUGCACACACAGUGGUGGAAAAAGUACCCAAUUGUCAUACUUGAGUAAAAGUAUAGAUACCUCAAUAGAAAGUUACUCAAGUAAAAGCCACCCAGUAAAAUACUACUUGAGUAAAAGUCAAAGUAUUUUGUUCUAAAUAUACUUAAGUAUCAAAAGUAAAUUGAAUUGGUCAAAUAUACUUAAGUAGUAAAAGUACAAGUAAUUUCAAAUUCCUUAUAUUAAGCUAAGCAGAUGGCCCUGUUUUCUUGUUUUUAAAAUGUACAGAUAGCCAGGGGUACACUCCAACACUCAGACGUCAUUUACAAACGAUGCAUUUGUGUUUUGUGAGUCUGCCAGAUCAGAGGCAGUAGGGAUGACCAUGUGUUCUCUUGAUAAGUGCGUGUGAAUUUUACCAUUUUCCUGGCCUGCUAAGCACUCAACAAGUACUUUUGGGUGUCAGGGAAAAUGUAUGGAGUAAAAAGUACUUUAUUUUCUUUAGGAAUGUAGUGAAGUAAAAUGUGUCAAAAAUAUCAAUACUAAAGUAAAGUACAGAUACCCCAAAAAACGACUUAAGUCUUACUAAAGUUAAGUACAGAUACACCACUGUGUGCACACACACAUAAAUACACAGGAAGACCAAGCAGACAGCGAGUAGUCCUCUGUGCCACAGAAACCUCAUUAUCUGCGUCUCAUGCGGCACCUUAUCCCCUGAUCCGAUGUGAUUCUGGUCAAAGUAGUGCACUACAUAGGGAAUAGGGUGCCGUGAGAUUUGGACAUUGUCUGUUUUUCAUUGUCACCCUGUAACCCGUCUGUUGUGCACUUCCUAUUAGUUUUACCACUCCCCUUCACUCCACAUCUGUAGAUAGCUGUAAAUAGCAAUUAGUUAUAUAGCUGGAGGUGGAUGUAGAGGAUUUAGGAACGUUAGGGACUGGUGACAUCAUGGCCCUCUUCAAAGGAUUGUGGGUAGUGUGGUUCUUUUAGGAGUGAAAAGGCAGAGCUGCCAACUGUGAUUCCACAGUAUGUUAUUAGAAUCAGAGAAGGGAUGGGCCCUGAGGAAGAUCUCUCACCUCAUUGGAUGAACACAUGGGGGACUGGCCAGAGCCCAAAUGGGCGGAGUCCUCCAGAGAUGAACCAAUGAGAGGGUUUCUUUUUUUCACGUGUGUAGUUUAGAGUGCUGGAUCCUGUCUUGAGAUCCACACACACAACUACUUUCCUCACAAAUAUAUCAAUAACAUGAUUUACGUGAGUCUGAUUUUGUUGUAUGUCAAGUUACGAAUUGGUUCAGAGAGCAUUCCUAUAAUGACUAAGGAAUGGACAAAGAGGCUGCUGUAUGGCUGAAUCAAAACCAAGCUAGAAACACACAACAGAGCUGAUAUGAUUCUAGAAUAGAUUAUACAAGCCAGAGAGUUGUGUCUGUUCUACGUAGUUUCUACCUUAAAAAGCCCCUACAGCCUUUUACUGAUGUAUGUUAUCAGAAAGUCAUGUCGCUGGAAACUGGGUACUGGUCAUGUUGCAGAAGAGAAGCGGCACAAAGGACUAUGGGAAGAGUAGUUCAUUGAGUGUAGUUAAUCAGAAACAUGUUCUAUAAACUUAAUUCUACCAGGGAUGCAGUUUGGAAUUUUUGCAUCACCCCAGAUCAUACUAUCAGCCCAGAAACAACCCCAAGAAGUUCAAAUAUCUGAAGGGACUGGAUAGGGGACACGGUUAACUAUUAGGCUUUGGGGAACUUCCGCCAUAUUGUUUACGCUUGUCUGCUCUGCCAAACACAAAACGUGGAAGUGCCUCGAAGUUGUUUCUGGACCGGGCCUCUGAGGGGUGCAAUGACUUCUGGGUAGUGUAGUUCUACUAACCUCCAGCUCUGUCUUUCCCUCCCUGCAUGGCCCCAAUAAGUGUUGCUCCCAGCCAGCAUGAGAACCAAUAAGGACACAAACUGUGAAAUUAAACUGUAUUUUAUUAUUAUAAUUCUUCUGCAUUAAUAAUGGCUUUGGUUUGAAAAGUGUAACUGUUUUUAAUCUCAUUGUUUUUGUAAACAUGUUUUUGUUUGGACUUUUUUUUACAUAAUGAUCAUGUAUAGACAUUUUAUUUUUAAGAGUUAUUAUUCUAGCAAUAGUCUUCCUACUAUAAUGUACUGUGGCAAUGCAUCCUAACUAUAAGAUAUUAUGUAUAUGAAGAAAUGAUCAUAUCGAAUCUGCAAAAGGAUUUUCUUAAUAAAAAUAACAGUUAAGAA